UUGAGGAUAGGGGAUCCAUAGGAGAAUACAUCUCUCCUUGGGAAAAUUAAAUUUGGAAUCGACCGAUUUGGGUAGGUUCUAGCGCAAGACAACUCGCUAGGUUCACGCUCUCGCCUAGAGUGCUUUGCCUCUACACUUACGACCGAUCUUACCUUUCUCCGUAUCUAUCAUUCGUUUCUCCGAUCUUCGUAAGAUAGAGCCUUUUGGGAAAAAAAACGAAUUAGCAACGUUUGCAACUUGGAGAUAAACUGGCUUUAGAGGAGAAAAAGAGAAAGAAAAGUUCUUCGUUAAGAUACGACGAUUCUCGAGGAGAGCGACCGCUUUUGAUAUAAGAGCGAGCGGCACGAGGCACAAAGUUUAUAACUGACGUCUCAGUCGGCUCUGAGCCAGUGCCUCAGCGAGUACGCUUCGGAAGGAAAGUCUCCGUUCAUCGGGGAUUUGCUCCGAGAGCAAAAGUAGAAGCCGCGCGCGAGCGCGCGCGUGAGUCGACUUGGUUCACCGACCGUCGUAUUAUUGUCGCCAAGUGGAAGAAAAGGGAAUAAAGAAGAAGAGAAUCGGUGGAAGAAAGGGAAGUAAAAGAAGAAGAUACGAGAAUUAUUUGGAAAACUUGAGUUAUGGGGUUCCGUCGAGACUUACACACGGUCCUAAGACUAGCGGCUUUUCUAGCCUGUCUCAGUCCAAUGGCCACGGUACGCAUCUCGCAGUCCAGCGCAAAUAGGAAGAACGAAGAAACGUUGGAUCAAUCGGCGUCCUCGUCCUUUUGGAGUCCCACCAUAAAAUCGCAAAAUAUUUUCCCAACGGACACGUCGGAUUUCUUUUCUUCCGGUAGUGGAUUGCUUAACGGGAAUCCUACAGCGAACGUUUUCCGAAGCGGAUUCGGUGGAAUAGAUAAUCUAGGGAGUCGUGGUAUUACGGUAAGACCACCGAGAACGAGACCUCUCGAUUACAGCGAGAGAUCCACCGCGGAAUUACGUAAAAAUCCUUCUCUUUCCUCUUCGGACGAGUGCGCUCGUGCCUGUCGCGAGAACGAGCCACCGAGGAUAUGCUACUACCAUUUCACCCUCGAAUACUAUACCGUACUUGGCGCGGCCUGCCAAAUAUGCACGCCGAACGCGACGAACGUUGUCUGGAGCGAGUGUCAGUGCGUUCUUGCCGACGGCGUUGAACGUAGUAUCUUAACAGCCAACAGAAUGGUACCAGGACCUAGUAUACAAGUUUGUCAGGGUGACAAAGUGGUAGUCGACGUCGAGAAUCACAUGGAAGGUAUGGAGGUUACUAUCCAUUGGCACGGUGUCUUUCAGAAGGGCUCACAGUAUUACGACGGCGUACCAUUUGUAACCCAAUGCCCUAUACAAGAGGGUAGUACGUUUAGGUACCAAUGGAUCGCUGGCAACGAAGGCACACAUUUCUGGCAUGCCCAUACCGGACUACAAAAGAUGGACGGACUUUACGGAAGUAUAGUCAUUCGGCAGCCUCCCAGUAAAGAUCCCAACAGCAAUCUCUACGAUUACGAUUUGACCACUCACGUUUUAUUGAUGAGCGAUUGGUUUCAUGAAAAUGCGGCCGAACGAUUCCCAGGGCGUCUAGCCGUUAAUACCGGUCAGGCACCUGAAAGUGUUCUCAUCAAUGGAAAGGGACAAUUUCGCGAUCCAAAUACCGGUUUCAUGACCAACACGCCGCUCGAAGUUUUCACGAUAACGCCUGGACGCCGUUAUCGUUUCCGACUUAUCAAUUCCUACGGAUCCGUUUGUCCGGCACAAAUCACGUUCGAGGGUCACUCGUUGACCGUCAUCGCUACCGAUGGGGAACCCGUUCAUCCCGUUACAGUGAACACCAUCAUAUCCUUUUCCGGCGAACGUUAUGACUUUGUGAUAAAUGCUGACCAAACGGUCGGAGCAUACUGGAUACAAGUGCGAUCCCUCGGUGAAUGCGGUAUACCGCGUGCCCAACAGCUGGCUAUAUUGCGUUACGCGCGUGGCCCUUACCAACCUACCACUACGCCACCCACGUACGAUUAUGGUCUUCCGCAGGGUGUCGUAUUGAAUCCACUCGAUGCCAUUUGCAAUCGUCCAAGGGAAGACGCGAUUUGUGUAAGCCAAUUGAAGAAUGCUCGUCACGUCGACGAAGGAAUUCUUCAACAACGCCCAGACGUAAAGAUAUUCUUGCCAUUCCGUUUUCUCUUUUACAGACCGGAAGAGGUCUUUCAACCUCAAACCUACAAUCGUUUCUUAGUCGCGCCGACCGGGGAUCACGUAAUUUCCCUCGUCGACGAGAUCUCCUUUACGUUUCCACCAGCGCCGCUGCUUUCGCAGAUCGACGAUAUCCCACCUGAACAAUUCUGCAACGGGGAUAAUAGGCCGGCCGAUUGCGGUGCGAACUGCAUGUGCACGCAUCAAGUUGAUAUACCGUACAACGCGAUCGUCGAAGUUGUACUCGUAGACGAGGUACAACAACCGAAUUUGUCGCAUCCGUUCCAUUUGCACGGAUACGCUUUCAACGUGAUCGGUAUCGGACGUUCGCCCGAUAAAAACGUGAAGAAGAUCAACUUGAAGCACGCUUUGGAUCUCGACAAGAGAGGAUUGCUUCACAGACAAUUUAAUCUGCCGCCGGCCAAGGAUACGAUAGCUGUUCCGAACAACGGCUACGUUAUUUUCAGAUUCCGUGCUGACAAUCCAGGAUAUUGGCUCUUCCAUUGUCAUUUCCUCUUCCACAUAUUGAUCGGUAUGGACCUGAUUUUACACGUAGGCACGCACGCGGAUCUUCCACCGGUACCGCCUAAUUUCCCCGUUUGCGGUAAUCACUUGCCGCCUAUAACACCGCCAGUACAGAUAGACAGCAUAUAUCAUUGAACGUUCGGCAAUAGCAAAAACACUAAAGUUGAAAAGGUCCAAAGCGUAAGCGAUAUUUGUAGUAUAUUUCUGUAAAGUACGUUUCUCUCUCCUCUUUUUUCUUUUCUUUUUCUCUUAUUUGUUUAAUUUCUUUAUAAUCGGUGGGGUCGUUCGGUAGUUAGUCCAAUUAGUUUAAUGUUCUUGAUCGAUCCAAAAGACCGAAUCGACCCAAUCGACGAUCGUAAUCUAAUCGAUCAUAAUCUAAUCGUCUCGGUCUUAUAGAACCGUACCUUCGUUCCGAGCUCUAUAUCUCGAUGUUGAGUCUUGGGUGCGAAGUACUUAGCUCGAGUUCCACUCUACUACGAUAUAUUUCAAGUUUUGUAAAUAAUUGUAGAAAUAGUCAUUAAAUUUUAACAAGAAUUGGGAGCAACGGUGAUGUAGUAGUGGUUUAGAGGUCAGCGUUAGGGAGAGAGAGAGAGAGAGAGAGAGAGAGAGAGGAUACUAAAUGGGUCAUACGCAUCGAUUCUCGAUCUCGCGUGAAUUCUUUAUUUGAUAACGAACGACACGCAUAACCAUCGAUGGAUCAUAAUAGCGCUUAUUGAUUUAGUUAGGGGAAAUAAAUUCGCGCUCGCACGUUUAUCAACUUGCGGUAUUACGUAUGCGUCUUCUAGCUUGCGCCGCGACGUUGCGUCAAGUGCGUUAAGUCAUUAACAGAUUCUCGAUCUGCGAUUCAACGAAAAUAAGGAGAAUUUUGUCCUGCUAUUUCGCUUAUCCACCCAAUAUUUAUGUCCUUUCUGUUUGUUUGAAAUCAAAUCGCAAAUACCAAUUGAAACGAUGGAGAAAUACGCAUAGAAAUCUAACAAAUUUAAGUUUGAGAUUAUUUAUUCGUUCGUGUUAAAUUGAAAGAUCGAUGGCUAAUACUUGGAAAGGAGCGCUUCGUCAGGCUAGGGGACACAUGCAUAAAUAGUACUCACACGAGACGCACGCGUACUACCUUUUUUGUUAAACCGUGCGUCGUGUCGUCGUGUCGUCGUGCGGAAAAACGAUUAAUACUUAUGGUGCCUUCAUCUUUCUUCGUCUUUAAGAAAAGUACGUAAACCUCAUACUGCAACGUCGCGAGAUAAAAACUAACGAUCCAAGUAAAUAUUUACGUGCCUGCGUGCGCACGUGCACGAUGUAACAAAUUACAUUAUGAAUUCUCUUGUAGAUAAAAUUCAGAUCCGUCUAUUAAAUGUACGCUGUAAUACUCAAUGAUAUCCAUAAUGAAUGCUCAAUCAUUACGAACGAGCGCGUUUUCCGUACGAUGUUUAUUGUUAAUGUUGACGUGUAUUUUCCAGUCAACAUCUAUGUAUGUGUCAUUUAUUAAGCGUGAAGAAAAUGUUUCUGGCAUUUCUCUUACUCUUUUUUUGUCGUUUGAUCGGUCUCUAAAGCGUACGUAGAGUAAUCUUUGUUCAGAUUCUCUAGGAACAUUUUCUUACAAUUGUUGAUAAAAUAUGUAACUACAAUAAAACGUUAUAUAUAUAUAUAUAUAUAUAUGUGUGUGUGUGUGUAUAUAU